AUGCCGACAGCUCUAUAUGCUGCAGCAGAGCACCACUGUCUUCCCGUCACAGCCCAGUAUGCCAAUCUCAGCUCUGAAAACUGGUCCGAGACUGCCUGGGCCCACCCCGCUUGUAUUAUCCAACCCAUCAAUGAGAUCCAUCUCCAACGGGCUGUUAGUCUGCUGGUGGAGAGCAACGUACCGUUUGCCAUUCGCUCCGGUGGCCAUCUUCCCUCGCCACUCGGCGCCAAUAUCGACACUGGCGUGUUGAUCGACAUGUCCUCUUUCUCGCAGAUUCAUUACAGUGCGAACAAGAGCGUGGUCACCAUGUGGUCCUGGGCUGAGGUAUGGGAUUGGCAUGCCACUAGCUUCAUGCCGAACAGCGCGUUCUCUGACAAACUAUCCACCAUGAUGACCAACGCCUCUGAGGUCUCGACCAUCUCUUCGCUUAAUACAGGCACGCUCGUACUCGGUCUACAACCCAUCUCUACCAGCCUCAUUGAAGCUGGUCAAGCCCGCGGCUCCAACAGCUCCAACACCCUUGGGCUCACGCCUCGCAAUCAAACGUGGCUUGUGCUCGACGUAGGCUGGCACUUCCAGUCAGAUGAUAACGCAGCGCAUGCGGCUGGAGGUGCACUGAACGAUCGCAUUGAGCGGGCUUCAGUCAAGAGCGGAAAUUAUGUGGACUAUGUCUUCGUGAACGACGCGAGCUGGGACCAAGAUGUUAUCAAGCAUUAUGGGCCGUGCAAUGUUGCGCGGCUGAAGCGCGUGCGGGAGGCUUAUGACCCGUCGGCGGUGUUUCAGAGGCUGGUCCCAGGGGGCUUCAAGUUAGAUGUUGAAAAUUGA